AUGAGCCAUACACCACUUCCAGCUGAAUACGACGACACUAGGAUUCUUGGCUACGAUGCUUUGGUAGCCCCAGUAGUCUUGCAGAACGAAAUUAAAGCAACUUCAAAGUCCUUGGACGUUGUCAUUAGAGGUCGUUUCGAAUCAUCUCAAAUUCUCAAAGGCAAUGACGAUAGGUGUCUAGUUAUCGUUGGUCCAUGUUCCAUUCACGACACCAAAGCUGCUUUGGAAUAUGCACACCGUUUAAAGAAAUUGAGUGAGGAGUUGAAGGAUGAUUUGUGUAUUAUUAUGAGAGCCUACUUGGAAAAGCCAAGAACUACAGUUGGAUGGAAAGGGUUGAUCAAUGAUCCGGAUGUUGACAACUCUUUUGAUAUCAACAGAGGAUUGAGGAUCUCACGCCAGUUAUACUCGGACUUGACUGAGGCUGGGUUACCAAUUGGAUCUGAAAUGUUGGACACGAUAUCGCCGCAAUACUUUCUGGAUUUCUUGAGUUUCGGUGCCAUUGGUGCUAGAACUACCGAAUCUCAAUUACAUAGGGAGUUGGCCUCUGGCUUAAGCUUCCCCAUUGGGUUCAAGAAUGGUACUGAUGGUGGGUUGAGAGUUGCUUUGGAUGCUGUACAAGCCUCUUCCAAGGGACACCAUUUCAUGGGCGUCACAAAGAAUGGAACUGCUGCCAUCACCACCACCAAAGGUAACGACACCUGUUUCAUAAUUUUGAGAGGUGGUAAGCAAAUCACCAACUUCGAUGCUGAGUCAGUCAAGGCAGCUAAGGAAGCUAUCAGCAAGUCCACCGAUCCAAACAUCAAGUUGAUGGUUGAUUGCUCUCAUGACAACUCAAAGAAGGAUUACAGAAACCAGCCUCACGUGUUGGAAACUGUUGCUGAACAAAUAAGCAAAGGUGACGAAUCAUUGAUUGGUGUCAUGAUUGAGUCACAUAUCAAUGAAGGUAAACAAGGAAUGCCACCAGCUGGUCAAAACAAGGAUGUUUUGAAGUACGGUGUUUCAAUCACUGAUGGAUGUGUUUCUUGGGAAACUACCGUUGACAUGUUGACCAAAUUGAGUAAAGCUGUCCAAGCAAGGAGAAGCUUGAAACAAAAGGCAUAA